AGAGCAAGUGCGCGCUCGCUGAAUAGACGUGUCGCGUGUGAAUUCGAAGAGAGUUAUGAGCAGGGUGGCCGUUGCCGUCGAGGAAGGAGACCGGACGACAUGCAGCUCGAGCAUGGCCUGGAGCGGGACGACGACAGCAAGAUCGGUGGAGCAGUGAAAGGAACGUGGUCGUACUGUUUGUACGACGCGACGCGUUCGUUCCUCUUCACGAGAGGACGUCGAUUGCCAAGUGUCUCGACCGCGACAUGGUCCAGUCGCGUACCAUUCGUUGACAAUUCCGAGCAUCCGUUAUUUUUGGUGACGUUCGACGAUCGUCAGGUCGCGUCGAACGCGCGAAACGUGAUCGUCCGACUCGAGGAGUAACCGAGAAAACGCAUAGAUGUACUCUGUUUUGGGGUGUACGAACGACUGUUGCUAAAGGCGUGCUGUGUCGUUUUGUUUUCAUUUGUUCCAACCUCUCGCGUGUCCGCGCGUCAUCGUUGGAUCUGCUCGCACCUGAACCACUGGAACCCGCACCCGGACGUUCCACCGAUCGUUUCUCAUCGACGACGUCUCGGCACGUGGCUCAUCGUCAACCUUGAUCAACCUCGGUCGUCGUCUUGGACGUUCGUCGCGGUGGUGGUGGUGGUGGUGGUGCAUGGACCUUUGCUCGACGGAUUUGCUACGCAUUUUAUCGCGCCCCUGGGCGUCCUGGUCUUCCUCUCGUCGACGUUCUCUCUCUCUUUCUCUCUCCUCUCUCUUCCUCGUUCUCCUUCUCUGUCCCUUGCCGUGUGCCGUCUCCCUCCGACCCGCGCUUACCUACCCCUCCACCUGUCUGCCGCGCCGCUGCACACCCUCUCCUCCUCCGCCAACCCUGCACGGCCGCGCGUAACCGUACGAUUUUCCCUAUCCCCACCUUCCGCGCGCCACCUCUGCCUUCCGCACGCGUUUUCUUUAUUUAUUCCGCGAUUCCACGGAGCAACGUACACGAUGAUUCCCGCGUUCCUCCUAUCCUCGUCGUUUUGAAAUCGUCUCGCGUAUUCUGAUCGUUCGCUCGCCGUCGACGAAUCCGUUCGGUGCUCGUCGCUGAUCGUCGACUCGCGCCUGUUCUCGACGCGACCGUCCUCGUAAAAUCCACGAUAAAAACUCCCGCUUCUUCAUUCCCGCUCCCCUCUGGCUCGCUGUCUCCGUCUCCGUCUCGUUCCACCGUCUCCUUCUCCGUCUUGUUCUGUCCGAGCAACGUCAUCUCGCCGCCGUUACCUUGCCUCCUCCGUCCUUGGACCGCAAACGAGCUCCGUAAACGCAAUCGUGCGAAAAAACGAUGCAAUCGCGAUACCCGCUCGCCUGGUGAAAAUCGACUCGCGUCGCCCGGUGAUUUUUCAUUUUCCCGCGCUCCCGAUCCUCCUCCCCGUGGAGCAACGUCCGAUCGGCAUCGAUCGGGCCACGGAAUCGGUAUCGUCGCCAUCGUUCGCCGACAUCGACAUCGCCACCGUACCGGGCAUCGUCGUUAUAACACCGUCAAUCAACUGUCACCAUCUGCACCAUCGCCGAUCACGUGGCUUGCUCGACGGCGACGCUGUACGACAAUGUUCACGCCGCGCCGCUGUGCGGCUCCGGCGUGGGCCACCCUGGCUCCGUCACGCCGAUGGGGACAGCCACCGGAGCGGGGAAUUCCACCGGGGUGACCUGGUGGGCCAUGAUGAACGGUUCCCUCUACGAGGACAGCCCGCCACCGGUCCCACCGACAGCCUCCAGCCUCGUCUCGAUCCAACAGCAGCAACAGCAACCGACCUCGACGCCUGGCUCGCAUCAGCAAGCCACGACACCGACGUCCCCGGCUGCACCGGCUUCCUCGGCAACGACAGCGCCCUCGGCACCAACGGCCAGCGCCAGCUCGACCUCGCCGAGCGCCUCGUCGGUGGCGAGCAACAGCGCGCCAGGCCCGCUGCACAUACCCGCCAAAAGGUUGACCGCCACGCCGGCAGCUUCCUCCUACGGGGAAGUCGGCUGCGUCGAUUCCUCGGCACCGUCCGCCGCUGGACCAGCGGGCGUCAUUCGUCAUUCCCACUCGUCCUCCGCUGGCUCGCAAGGCGGCUGGAGUUACAGCCCCCAUCAUCCCCAGGACUCGCAUUACUCGACCACCGCAACCGCGGGUGACUCCCUCAAUCAUCAUCAGGCGUACGGGGGAAACAAUCCCCCGACCUACUACAACCUGGCGGCCGACCCUACCUCCACGUCCGGCUCCUCCAGGGACAACCGGAAAGCGGGCACGCUCAGCUUCUGGUCACCAGCCGCGGCCACGGCCGGUUCGGCCGCCACCGGAAGCCCAGCCUCCGACUACAAGUCCUACAGCUCGGCCAGCGGGGCAACCACCAGCUCCUCCACCGGUGGUGGAUCUUCUUCCGUUGCCACAGGAGCAACGGAUCCAGCCGUCUCCUCCUGCCACCAGAGCUUCUCCCAGAGUUGGUGCAAUUACUCGCCGUACACCACGGCCAGGCAUCAUCACCCGGUCGACACGACCGGCCACCAUCAUCCUCACUCGCAAGCAGGGGUCCCGUACUUGACGCCGUCCGCGGCGGACGACCGGGGCAGGGUCACCGCCGCCAUGGUCGCCGAAGGCGCCUUUCCCCACGACGGAUACGGUGGGCUCAGGAAUUACGGGGCACCCGAACCUGUCACCUCCAACCCGUACCCACCUCCAGUGAUGUGGGGUUCCUCCCCAUCUUCGUUGUUUCCCGCAGGUUCCCUGGCGGGAGUCGGCGUCGGCGUCGGAGUGGCAGGGAUGGGCGUCGGUUGCGGGAGUUCGAAUCCUCUGGAGUGGACCGGUCAAGUGACGGUGCGGAAGAAACGCAAGCCCUACUCCAAGUACCAGACCCUCGAGCUCGAGAAGGAGUUUCUGUUCAACGCGUACGUGUCCAAGCAGAAACGAUGGGAGCUCGCGCGCAACCUGAAUCUCACCGAGCGCCAGGUGAAGAUCUGGUUCCAGAAUCGUCGGAUGAAGAACAAGAAGAACAGCCAACGGCAAACGCAGCAGCAGAACAAUAACAACAAUAACAACAGCAGCGCAAACAACGCGAAUCACCACGCGGCGACCGGAAGCCAUCAUCAUCCGAGCGCAGGUCAUCCGCCGCCGUCGAGUCACCACGUGGUCGCGCAGGCGCACCACGCGAACGGUUCCGCGAAGCAUCAUCAGUGACCCGUGGCCUUCUCUGGGGUCGUCUUCGGCCAUCAUCAUCACAGCCACGGCACAGCGAACGGCUGCACCGGGACUGGAACCGGGACUGCUACCGGAAACGUCAGCGGCCACGCGAGCCUGGUUACAGGUCACAGCCAUACCCUUCACGCGCCCCAACCUCAAACGCCUCUGCCGACCCACGCAACCGGUGCCUCGAGCACCGUCACGCCCCCCACCGCCGUCGUUCAUCCUCACAUUCACGCACACGCUCAUCAUCAUCAGUUGGCGCACGUGGCUCAGCAGUAUCCUGCGCUCCUUCAUCAGACGCCCCAUGGCCUGGCCGCCUGAUCACCAUCCGAAAUGGCACGGACGCCCCAGAGAAAUCGUCGACCUUGCAACGACAACCUCUCGCCUUCGUCGGCCUCGUCGUCGUCGUCGUCGUGGUUGUCGUCGUUGCUAGAGGCCGGCCUAAACGACUACGUCGGAUAGAUAGACCCGCACACUUAUCGAACUUUGUUCAGCAGCUGUUCAAAGACUGCCUACCACUUGUAAGGAGAGACAACGUUUCGCGAGUAGUAUAUUAUUAUUAUUAUUAUUAUUAUUAUUAUUUUAUUAUUAUUAUUAACGUUAUUAUUAUUACGAAUCAUCGUCAUCCCCCCACCCCCCACCCCCACCUCUCCGUACCCAUCGUCAUCAUGGUUACUAUAUCCAACGAAAAGGAACACACUGUUGUAUAGAAGAGCGUGAUUUAGCGGCGUCCUUGGAACGUCCAUCAGCAGACUCUUUUUCCGCGUAUCGGUUUCAGGUGUCGUCGGUCUUCUUCGAGUAGCGCGCAUUAUCGUAUAUGCGACACCAAGCAAUCUGUCCAAUUCGUAAUUCGCCUGGACGAACUACUCCUGCUCCUCAUCCCCUCAAUCUUAUCAGGUCCAACAGCCCAAAAGCAUGUACGGUAGGUCAGAGUGAUUCCAGCAGACGAGAGAAAGUCGCCAGCAUCGGUACCGAUCUAAACACCUUACCUUUCGGGCAGGUGUCUCGAUGGGCACCUGGUGUUUCUCUCUUUAGACAAGACUCACCGUGGCCUGGCGUACGUUUGCGCUGUAUUGCACUGUUCACCUCGACAGUCGGAAAGAAAAAGAGUUAGAGAACCGUUCGAGAAGCGACGCCAUUGGGUCCCGUGGCUACGACACUGCGGUCUGUCGAGGAUCGCCAGAAGGGUGGCUCGUUUGCUGCAGGGGUAAGUUAGUGGAAAGAGCACGAAUAGUUUCGAUCGGGAUUGAUACUUGGGGUUAGUUUGCUUCGCGUAUUUACAAGGGGCGAUAUCGCGGAUUUUUUAUCUCGAUAGGGUUGUUCUUGGAUUCCGGCGAUCUAAUUAAAUGCAAGGGAUAGCUUCGCACCACGAUAAACGUCCGUCGCUGCUAUCUGGGAUUCUUGGAGAGUAACAUUGACGUUUAGAGUUGGGCAGACUUUUUCUUGAACUCGUAACAAAUAAUUCGUGUAGGUUAUUCGUGUGUUAGAGAUUUUUUAUCAAUAUAAUUGCUCGGGUAAAAGUUUCAUCGAAAUAUAGCGUAAUGCCCAAGUCUCGUGGACACCGUACGGUGCGCAAUCGAUCGACGUCUUGGUUGGUGUGUUUGCUCAGUCUACGGGUGUGCGUCUGUCCAAUUUGCUCCACGUUUCGUCGUGGGACAAGCCAAAUCGCGAUGAAUCGAUCGUUUCACGGGAUCCAAUGAACUCCUUUCGUCGUCGCCAGUCGAGUUGAGCAGUGAGACGCAGACAAAGUUCCGGUUCCGUACACAAUCCCAGGAAAGAUUAGUAGAUCCAAUUCGCAGGAAUUCGUUCGGACCGAAGGAAAGAAACAAGACUCUUUGGAUCGCUGAUGAACAUUAGCGCGAUCCCAAAGCGUUCAGACCUUUGUGGAUAACUUCUCUAUUCAACGUCGGGCGUUUCCCCCGCUAGCGUCAUCAGCGAUUCAAGGAAUUCCGAGAUGAAAGUUGAAAAUUGGAACGGGUCGGCGGGUCUUCGACGCAGUUAAUUUGAGAAUUUCGAGAACCCGCGAGUGGACCCGUUUCGAAGCUACCAUGCGUUCGGAGAAUUAGUCUAAUUAUGUCCAGAAUGUCAUAUUUGUCGCCUACCAAGGAUCGCAAACUAGUACCUAUAAUUCUUAUAUUAUAUGUAAAAACAAACGACUUAGAUUUAAAGACAUACCUAGAGGACUACCGGGUGGUCGAGGCCACCACUCCAAGGCUGAGAUUAGGAUCUUCGAAACUAUGGUGUUAAGGGUUAGGCUGUUCGUGAUCGAAGAAAGGGCGAGCAACGGAACUGGGAAGCGUCGCGUCAUUGAAUAGCGUUUGGAUCGAGGCGAAUGGACUUCGAUUGUUGAUUGUUUCGGUAUUAUUAGAUUGUUAAAAGUGAGAUUUUCGGUUCUAUUCUUUUUAUCGUCAGAUCCAGAAAAGAGUUCCCGCGUAUGUGUGUGUGUCUAUGGAAUAUUAUUGUUCAUCCACGAAACGUGCGAGUAGUAUCCAUCAACGUUGAUUGUUGAAAACUUGGUGGAUGCUCUUCGAUUGUAAUUAGUUGAAGAGUAUUCGAUUCGACGUUACAGAACUGAGUGUUGUCGAACGUUGAAGACACUGUUGUAUUCGCGAGGAAGUCAGAGCUGAGAGGUAAACGAUAUCCAGUGAACGCAUCCCUCCAUCGGACACCUUUCACGAGUUGCAAAAAUAAGAUUGUAAGCGUGGUUAGGUCGCAAUUCGAACCUCACUGGUGGUCCCAGGCGAUGUUCAUCCUUGAAUCUGAUGACUGCACGAUGAGAUCUCAAGAUCUAAAAAGAUACGAGACGUUCAAAGACUUUCAGCUCUGGAAGAUUCCAAGAUUUAAAAAAUUGCCAGAUAUAUCCAAGGAAGAAGGGAUCUAGAAAUGAGGCCAAUUCAAAUAAUCUAAUCUGGCGAAUAGAAAAUUGAAACCCAGACGUCUAAUUGGCCGCGAAGUUCCACUUUCAGAUUCGAGGACGAACGUAAUCUCGGACAGCCAUGAGAGGACAGUCGCGCAACGAUCAGCAGCAGGAGUAGCAUAGGGUGUUCCAAGCGAUCUCGAGAACGAAGUCCUAAUCGUGGCCACGGAGCGAUAAGGGCGGAACGUUUACUACCUUUUAAUCGGUACGUCAGCGAGUAAGUAGGUAAUUUAAUCGGAUGUUAAAUGAAAAUAAAUAUCCCAGUGGAUCUCUAUUCUCUAAGGUGCAACAUUAUCUAAAUUGUAAGGACCGCUGAACGCGAGUGUGCAUGCCUACGAUAUGCUAUAUAUAAAUGUACACAUACACGCGUAUUUUCUGUAUGUCCUUGCCCAUGCUCAUGCGCGCGUCGACGAAUCGCAAAGACGGUGAUUCGAACACGUCUGUUUUAUUUACGAAUUAAAUUUCCAAAUAUUGAAGAAGUUAGAAUUUCAAGAAAAGUCAAGCACUCGAUCAUGUACAUUACGCGACAAAUUUGUAUUCGGCCAGUAAUUAACGAGAAAUCCUCGCGAAAAUUGUAUCCCAUCUUCGAUUGAAAUCGUGGACGUGCGCGUGUGCGCUGGCUCGCGAGCGCGUGAGUGCGAAAGGGAGAGCGUGCGUGCGUGCGUGAGAGGAAGACGGAUGGAGUGUCUCUACAGAUAAUAUCCGCGACUCUAAAGGCGAAGACGAACGGAAACGUGACGUGUAUCGUAUGACGUGAACAGGAGCGAGAUGCGUAUCGUAUAAUUAGGCUAAACUUAAUUGAUGGAGACGUAAAUGCGGAAAACACACGAACCACACGUACACACGAGUAACAAACACACAACCACCCACACGAAACGCGAGGUUGGGACUCGCAUUAACCCUCCGCUGGCCGCGUGAUCAAUUGUCACGUAUUCGGGGUGCGUGGACUACGAUCGUAGCCCGCUAAAAAAAUUAUUAACUCAACUUUUCUUGAUUGUCCAAUUCGUUUACAAGGAUGUCCUUUUACAAAAGCUAUCAGAGCCUCUUUUAGGGGCAGUGGAGAAAGCUGACGAACUGUAGUCCACGUGUCCACUCGGGGGUUAAUCGAUAAUAUAGUUCUCCCAGGAUUACAAUUAUGGUACAUUAAUUGUGUAACGACGACUAAAUAUGAUACAGUGUAAGUAACGCGAGGAAACGAGGAUAGUAAGAGGAUUCGAGACGUGUAACGAGCCGUAUAAGAGAAAAUGGAGGAAAACAAGUGAGAAAUUCCCGCGAGCGUAUAGGUGUCUGACAGAGAUGGACAAAAUUUUAUGUCAUUGGAAUGAUAAACAACGAGAACAAUCAAACGUAUAGUGUUAUUCGAUAAUUCAUUCGAUAAUUGAAAUUUUAACUCUUAUUCUACUAGUAACGAGUGGCAAGUUGUCUGUCUUUUUAAUCGUUACAGGUGGUUCUUAUUUAAAUAACAAUGUUGGCCAUCUCUGGUCCCCGGACGCCGAAGGUGAGGAAUGCGGUCUACGGACCGUUUGGAAUUCACCGCGUAUCGAUUGCAAUUAGUUGCUAAUUGUUCUGCUGCUGACGAUGUUCAUCGCGAUUUUUAAGAUUAUUACGAUUAUUAUUAUUAUUAUUAUUAUAUCAUUAUUAUUAUAUUAUAUUAUUAUAUUAAUUAUUAUUAUUAUUAUUAUUAUUAUUAUUGUGAGCGUCACGUUAAUAUUAUGUUAUUGUUUUUAUUGUGUGUUGUUUUGUAUGUACCUAUCAGUCUAUAACGAUCACUAUAUUAUUAUUGCGACGGUGACGACACAAUGGAUCCACACGCGCGUGUACAAGUAUACAGACACAUACACAUUCACAGACACACACGAAACACACGGCUAAGAAAAUAUACAGAGGAACACGGUGGUUGUUAAACUAUGCGCGAAUAUUUUUUUAAUUCAUCGCAAGCCACGUCGUGGGAUCAUUUCUCGACCUGCUCACACGAUGUAGCGCAGUGUUUCUCAAGCUCUCGGAAGACAGGAAGGAAUAACGAUUUUAUAAAUAGUACUCCAAAGGAAUUUAAUUUAUUAUUAAACAGCAUCAGGAAAACAUCAAAAUCUCACGAAGCCUGCGAUAACGGCAACUCUAUCCUCAUAUUUAUUUUUGUCGUUGCUCGUUAGUUUUACUCUAGGUAGUCGUCAAGAAGGCGAAGUUUGAGAAACACUGUUCUAGGUCACAUCGUACGGGGGUCACCGUUUCAUUUCUUUUUUUUCUUAAUUCGUUCCAGAGAAUAUUUCCCAAUUUCCUCUGUUAUUUCGUUUCUUUUUCUUCUUGAAAUGUUACUUUCGUUUAGGACCGUGUUCGCGAGAGCGUUAUUAAAUUUUACUUGUUCGAAAGCUUUAAAGCGCGCGUCGACGGAACAAGAAGCGACGCGACUACCGCUCGAGAAUCGAUCCGAACAGUCUACAGGGAUUUUUGCGACAGCGAUCGACGAUAUUGAGUUCUCGAGGUAUCGGGGAGAUAGGGUGAGACAGAGCUGGGCAGAAUUUUAAUCGAAUAACAAAUGGAACAUCUGCAUCUCAUUCUCGACAUUUAAUCAAACUAUUCAGUUAUGUUCUUAUUUAAUUAAAUUUUCAAAUUUGUAUUACGUAUCUUCGAUUCCAUAUUCAGAAUGAAUUAUCUCGAUAAGAAUUGUGCCCCUCUUUGGCGUGAUAGUGAAAGAGUGAUUGAACGAAAGUGCGCGC